AUGACCGCACCUGAAGGGCCUGGUGACUGCACUGCGUCACGACCACACCUGAAGGGCCUGGCAGACUGCACUGCGUCACGACCGCACCUGAAGGGCCUGGCGGAAGGCACUGCGUCCCGACCGCACCUGAAGGGCCUGGCGGACUGCACUGCCUCACGACCGCACCUGAAGGGCCUGUCGGUCUGCACUGCCUCACGACCGCACCUGAAGUGCCUGGCGGACUGCACUGCCUCACGACCUCACCUGAAGGGCCUGGCGGCCUGCACUGCCUCACGACCUCACCUGAAGGGCCUGGCGGACUGCACUCCCUCACCACUGCAACUGAUUGGCCUGGCCGACAGCACUGCCUCACGACCGCACCUGAUGGGCCUGGCCGACAGCACUGCCUCACGACCGCACCUGAUGGGCCUGGCCGACAGCAUUGCCUCACGACCGCACCUGAUGGCCCUGGCCGACAGCACUGCCUCACGACCGCACCUGAUGGGCCUGGCCGACAGCACUGCCUCACGACCGCACCUGAUGGGCCUGGCCGACAGCACUGCCUCAGGACCGCACCUGAUGGGCCUGGCCGACAGCACUGCCUCACGACCGCACCUGAUGGGCCUGGCCGACAGCACUGCCUAA